CAACAAGACUGGCGGCUGAGACUUCCUGCCAGCACCGAGCAAGUCAGUUUCAAACAAGACAUUGUUUUUUGUCAUGGAACUGACCAAAAUGUCAGACAUGACAAAGCUCCACCAAGCUGUGGCUGCAGGGGAGUACAAUUCAGUGAAAAAGAUUCUGAAGAAAGGUCUCUGUGACCCAAACUACAAGGAUGUGGACUGGAAUGACCGAACCCCACUUCACUGGGCUGCAAUCAAAGGGCAUAUGGAGGUGCUGCAACUCCUCAUACAAUACGGAGCCAGACCCUGCCUGGUAACUGAUGUGGGUUGGACCCCAGCUCAUUUUGCAGCUGAGUCAGGCCAUCUGAAUGUGCUCAAAACUCUCCAUGCAUUGCACGCAGCCAUCGACGCUCCCGACUUCUUUGGAGACACACCAAAGAGGAUCGCACAGAUCUAUGGGCAGAAGGCCUGUGUGGCAUUCCUAGAGAAGGCCGAGCCUGAGUGCCGUGACCACCGCCUCAUGGCCAAGCAGCAGGGGCUGCCUCUGGACCAGCAGGACCAAGACUGGGAUGCCAAGAAAAGGGAGAUGGAGCUGUCGCUGCCUUCUUUGAAUCAAAAUACCAAUAAGAAAAAGCACAAGAAAAGUCGAGGCCCCUUCAGGCUUGGCAAUAACCAAGAGAGGAGAGUGUGAGAACUCUAGGCCAAAGGGACUAGAACCUACAUUUUCUGGUGGGAGACUUUCCCUGGCAGCAGACUAGAGGUUGUCAGACGUGAGCUGUAUUUAUAAGAUUUUACUUUUAGACCGGUGUCCAGAUGGCUUCUACUGGUAGCUGAGAACUUGUUAUUCAACCUGGAAGUCUUGGCUUGGUGCCCUGCACACCGACUCUUGUCUCUCGCUUCUGCCUACUGUAUGCAAGAAUUGCCAACAGGAGACAACUGUCAGCUGCUUGCAGUUUGUCUCCAGUGAUUCGUACUCAUCAGCAUCUGCUGACCCCCACAAGCAACUACAGAAUUUCAGAAAAACUCUUCCUAGGGAAAGUAGAUUGUUUAAAUGCAAAAAAAAACCAAAACAAAACACAAAAACAUCCCAACAAACAAACCCUCAAAAAUUACUAAAACAGUUUAGUCAAUUGAUGAAAAAAAUAUUUAUUGUCAUGUAGACUAAGCGAAAAGGUGAAAGAGUGUAUCCCCCAGUUUCCAGCUGUUUUGACUUUCGGGGCAGAGGCCCACAGCCUCUGCGUGGCCACUUCACUGAUGAUCAUCACUUCUGCACAGGAGGAGCACUCAGAGCGAUGGGCCAGCUCAGUGGGAUGUACCUGACUCUCAUGGCAUGAAUUAACUGUAUCCUGUGUAAUGAAUGAGAGAUAGUAUAAAAUAAUGGAACGUGUGAUUACAACUCUACUUAUUUAAUUGUCAAUUUUAGGAAGUCUAAUUCAGAUCAGAUAUUUCCAAUGAAAAUAUUGCAUCCAAAUUGAGAUGUGCU